AUAAUGUUUCGAGCACUGCUAUAUGACGAAUGUCGCAGCCGCACUGGUAAACCACCUGAGAAAAACCACCGAUGCGAAGACUUUCCCGGAAACCCUUUUCCGUUACUCCUCUGAAUCGUCCGCGUAGCUCUUCAAAAUGCUUCUAUCUGCACAAAGGCGGAGACUUUUUGUCGGAAGGUUCAAAAAGUGUCAGGUGGCUGUUCAGUGGCGGCAGCUCACUUCCUCCUCCGGAAUGGAUUGAACCCUUCAACGACGUCUCCGAUCUAGUGAAAACCUCUCGUAGCCUCAACCCUUCUCCAUGGGUGAGCCAAAUUCUCAACCUUUUAGAUGGUUCGGAGUCAAUGGAAGCGAAUCUCGACGCCUUCUGCCGUAAGUUCCUCAUCAAACUCUCCCCAAAUUUCGUUACUUUCGUGUUGAAAUCCGACGAGGUUCGCGAAGGACAGCAGGGAAUCUCUUGGCGGUUCUUUAAUUGGGCUGGUAAGCAGAAGAAGUACACUCAUAACCUCGAGUGUUACGUCUCAUUAGUUGAUGUUUUGGCUAUUGCAAAAGAUGUGGAUAGGAUUAGGAUUCUCUGUGGUGAGUUGAGACGAAAAGAGUUUGCUUUGAGUGUUUUUGCUUCGAAUGAGCUGAUUAAGAGCUUUGGGAAGCUUGGAAUGGUGGAGGAGUUGUUGUGGGUGUGGCGUCAAAUGAAGGAGAAUAACAUUGAGCCUACUUUGUACACUUACAACUUCUUAAUGAACGGUUUAGUCAGCUCUACGUUCAUUGACUCCGCGGAGCGUGUUUUCGAGGCUAUGGAGAGCGGGAGGAUCAAGCCUGACGUAGUGACGUACAACACGAUGAUUAAAGGCUAUUGCAAAGCGGGACAGACGCAGAAAGCUUUGGAGAAGGUUAGAGAUAUGGAGACGAGAGGCCUCGAGGGUGAUAAGAUUACUUACAUGACUGUGAUCCAAGCGUGUUACGCUGACAGUGACUUCACCUCUUGUGUGGCUUUGUAUCAGGAGAUGGACGAGAAGGGGAUCCAAGUCCCGCCUCACGCGUAUAGUUUAGUGAUCGGUGGGCUUUGUAAAGAAGGGAAGUUGAACGAAGGGUGUGCUGUGUUCGAGAAUAUGAUCAGGAAAGGAACUAAACCGAAUGUUGCUGUGUACACUGUUUUGAUAGACGGUUAUGUGAAGUUCGGAAGCGUUGAAGACGGGCUAAGGCUUUUGGGGAGGAUGAUUAGCGAAGGGUUUGAGCCUGACGUGGUGACUUAUUCGGUUGUUGUGAAUGGUUUGUGUAAAAGCGGGAGAGUGGAAGAGGCGUUGGAGUAUUACAAGACGUGUCGGUUUAAAGGUUUGGCUGUUAACUCGAUGUUUUACUCUAGUCUUAUAGACGGUUUAGGGAAAGCUGGGAGAGUAGAUGAAGCUGAGAGGCUUUUCGAAGAGAUGGGAUGCAGUAGAGACUCGUACUGUUACAAUGCGCUCAUCGACGCGUUCACUAAGUCAGGGAAGGUUGAGGAAGCAUUGGCGUUGUUCAAGAGGAUGGAGGAGGAAGAAGGCUGUGACCAAACGGUUUAUACGUAUACAAUACUCAUCUCGGGGAUGUUUAAAGAGCGUAGGAACGAAGAGGCGUUGAAGCUUUGGGAGAUGAUGAUAGACAAGGGGAUUACGCCGACCGCAGCUUGCUUUAGAGCUUUGUCGACAGGACUUUGCUUGUCGGGGAAAGUGGGGAGAGCUUGUAAGAUUUUGGAUGAGUUAGCUCCGAUGGGUGUGAUUCUUGACGCGGCGUGUGAGGACAUGAUUAACACGCUGUGUAAAGCUGGGAGGAUUAAGGAGGCUUGUAGGUUGGCUGAUGGGAUUACUGAGAGAGGGAGGGAAGUGCCUGGGAGGAUAAGGACUGUUAUGAUAAAUGCUUUGAGGAAAGUUGGGAAGUCGGAUUUGGCUAUGAAGCUGAUGCAUAGCAAGAUUGGGAUUGGGUAUGAGAGGAUGGGGAGUGUUAAGAGGCGUGUCAAGUUUAGAACUUUGCUUGAAAGCUUUGAUCAUGACUUUUAAAGAUUUUGGUGUGUGCUUGCUUUGGUUGUAACAUGUUAACAUGUUUAACCAGAAAAAUUAUAAUAUUGAUUUAAACAAGUAGUUUUUUUCUGUAUAGUAUAAGCUUCAUUGUA